AUGAUGAUGCCUCCAAAGCCAACUUUUAUCCCAAUUCCAGUUCCUUACAUGGUUCCUGAUGAGCCUAAAGAACCUCCUCCUCCACCUCCAAGUGGAGGCGGACAGAAAAAGUGUUGUCCAGUUAUGCAAAUAUAUCAAAAGAAAGUACCAAAAGUUAUGAUGAACUCGCCUCCUCCUGCACCUUCACCAACGCCAGUUCAAGUUAUGAUUAUACCAGUUCCAAGUCCGACUCCUAUUCAUGUUCCCACUCCUUCCCCUGUCCCAGUUCCAAUGCCUAUUCCUAUUCCAUCUCCUGUACCUUCACCUGCCCCUCAUCCAGUUCCUUCUCCUCACCCAAUCCACAUUCCUUCACCUAUGCCUAUGCCAAUGCCUAUGCCAAUGCCGAUGCCAAUUCCCAUGCCAAUGCCUCCAAGUGGAUGGUCAAACCCUCCGCCAGGUCCACAGGCUAAAAGUUGGGACACACCAUCUCCAAUGCCUGCUCCAUCUGGUUGGAGUUCACCUGCCCCAUCACCUCCUCCUCCACCUCCACCUCCAGCUCCUGCUCCGAUGCAAAAACACACACCGAGUUGGUCGCCUAUGCCAAUGUCCCCACCACCACCUCCACCUCAAAUGGUUCACAUGGGUUGGUCUACACCAGUUUCACCUCCGAUGAUGAUGACCACCAGUUGGCCAGCUCCACCUCCAGUACCGAUGCCAAGUUGGGGACAGACUCCGGCUCCUAUGGCAAUGAAUUCAGGAUGGGGACAGCCAGCUCCUUCUCCACCGUCACAUACCUCAGUCGUGAUUGAAGCAGGAUGGAAUCCACCCGCUCCACCGCCUUCACCACCACCAUCCUCUUGGGGACCAGCUAAGCCAGUCUCGAUUUCAAUACCAAUGCCGGCUCCAGCAAUGGGCUGGAUGACACCAACACCGCAAAUGAUGCACAAUCCUUCUUCAGAUGGAUGGGAUUCCGGACCGACAACAGCUCUUGCCUGGAAAGCAGCAAGUGUCAUUAGGCCGAUAUUUGUCGAUGAAUGGUAUUAGAACCAAGACCUUCUAAAUGCGUUAUUUUUUUGCUUCGUCCAUGGACUGAUUUCCGUCUGAUUUUAACUUUCUUCGAAGAUUCGUUAGUGUCCUGAAAAUUUAGCAACUUAUCCAGUUGACUUAUAUUCAUUGAUCUAGCAAUUCAUCUUAAAUUUUGAUGGAUGAAUGAGUCAUGAAAGUAUAAUCAGUGAUGACAUUAAUAAUGAACUUUAAUGACUAAUGAAUUAUGAUGGGAUUAAUGAACUUUAUAAAUAGUUUAAUGACUCCAAAACUAAUCAACAAAUGUUUGAUCUCACGUUUCUGUAAUCGAUAAGAAAAACAAUCGAAAAUUUAUCUAAAUUGUUGAAUUAAUUCGUUUUUGAAUUAGUUAAUUUAAUUGUAAUUUAUUGACUUAUUUUAUUAUAUUCUCGACUAU